AUGUCACCACCGGUCGAACCCAGCACCCGCAAAAGGGUGUUGCGGGUAAUCUUUGUUUCUCUUUUGCUGGAUCUCAUCUCCUUCACAUUCAUCCUCCCCCUUUUCCCGAAGCUGCUCGAGUUCUACCGCAAUGUCGAAGCUCCGCUCGAUGCCGGCGCGCCGCCUUCCAAAACGCUGCUCUCCAAUGUGCUCGGGUACCUCAAUGCGUACAAGGCUGCCUUUGCGCGCCCGAUCGACUCGCGAUAUGAUAUUGUGCUGCUAGGCGGGGCUCUGGGGAGUCUAUUCUCCCUCCUCCAAGCCAUUGCAUCUCCCAUCAUCGGCCGACUCUCCGACAAAUACGGCCGACGCACCGCCCUACUCGCCAGCAUGGCCGGCAACAUCCUCUCCGUCCUCCUCUGGGUGGUAGCAGUCGAUUUCCGAACCUUUCUCGCCUCGCGCGUCGUCGGCGGCCUGUCCGAAGGCAACGUACAGCUUGCCACGGCGAUCGCAACCGACAUCUCCGACGCCAACAGCCGCGGUUCGACCAUGGCGCUCAUCGGCGCAUGCUUCUCCAUCGCUUUCACCUUUGGCCCCGCCCUCGGCGCUUGGCUCAGCACCAUCGCUACCGUCGCUGCCAACCCGUUCGCUACCGCCGCUGGUGUCUCGCUGUUCCUGAUCGUUACCGAGACUGUCUACCUGUAUUUCAGCCUGCCCGAAACACUCCCUUCCAUGGCCAACAAGCCCGAUGCCGAUGCUGGCAAGGACAAAACCCCGCGCCAACCCCAAACACCCCUCCAACGAACCAACUCCCACCUCCUCCUCAACCUAGUCCACCUAACCUUCCUCCUCUUCUUCUCCGGCAUGGAAUUCUCCCUCCCCUUCAUGACCUACGACCUCUUCUCCUACUCCUCCUCCCACAACGGCCGACUCCUCGGCUACAUCGGCCUCGUCGCCUCCCUCCUCCAAGGCGGCGUCACCCGUCGCCUGCCACCCUUACUAUCCGUCCGCAUCGGCGUCAUCUCCUGCCUCGUCUCCUUCGCUUUGCUCGCGCGCAUCUCGUCUGUCUCAGGUUUGUAUCUAGCCGCUACUGGCCUGGCCACGACGUCGGCGACGGUGGUGACGGGGUUGAAUGCGCUGAGCAGUUUUGAGGCGAGGGAGGAUGAGCGUGGGGGGAAGUUGGGGAUGUUGAGGAGUUGGGGGCAACUGGGGCGUGGGUUGGGACCGGUGUUGUUUACGAGUGUGUAUUGGUGGGCCGGGAGGGAGAUGGCUUAUGCGGUGGGUGCGGUGGGGAUUGCGGGGGUUGCGACUUUGGUGCUGUUUGGGUUGAAGUCGCCGCCGGGGUCGGGAGGGCUGAAGAAGAAGGUUGGGUCGGGACCGGUGAAGGACAAGAAGGAGCUCUGA